AUGGGAAGAUCACCGUGUUGCGAUGAGAGUGGAUUAAAGAAAGGGCCAUGGACGCCGGAAGAAGAUCAGAAACUGAUAAAUCACAUACGAAAACACGGUCAUGGGAGCUGGAGAGCUCUUCCCAAGCAAGCCGGUUUAAACCGGUGUGGGAAGAGUUGCAGAUUGAGAUGGACUAACUACUUGAGACCAGACAUCAAAAGAGGAAACUUUACUGCUGAGGAAGAGCAAACCAUCAUCAACCUUCAUGCUCUUCUUGGAAACAAGUGGUCGUCUAUAGCUGGUCAUCUCCCAGGAAGAACAGAUAACGAAAUCAAAAAUUAUUGGAACACUCAUAUUAGAAAGAAACUUCUUCAAAUGGGGAUCGAUCCCGUGACCCAUAGACCAAGAACCGACCAUCUAAACGUUUUAGCCGCUCUACCGCAACUUCUAGCUGCCGCAAAUUUCAACAACCUCUUGACUCUGAAUCAAAAUAUACAAUUGGAUGCAACAAGUAUUGCAAAGGCUCAAUUGUUACAUAGUAUGAUUCAAGUCCUUAACACCAACAACAAUAGUACCUCUUCUUCGUCCUUUGACAUUCAUCAUCACACCAACAAUAAUCUCUUUGGCCAAUCUUCUUUCUUAGAGAACCAACCAAAUAUUAAUAGUGAAAAUCUCUAUGAUCCAAUCCAAAACCUCUCUCACAUUGAUAGUCAACCUCUUGAUUCAUUUUCUAUCCCGAUUCGAGUAGUUUCUCAUCAAGAUGAUCAGAAUUUGAUUCCACCGUUGAUUUCGGUAUCUCCUGAUGAGUCUAAGCAAAGCCAAAUGAUGAUCAAGGACAAGGAGAUUUUGAAGCAUAAUGAUCAUACUUCAAACCCUUCAUCGACCUCAACCUUCACAGAAGAUCAUCAUCCAUGGCGUGACAUAAUUGAUGAUGAAACAAGUGAUUCUUACUGGAAAGAGAUCAUAGAGCAGACUUAUUCGGAGCCUUGGCCAUUUCGUGAAUAG